AUCAGAGUCAUUUUCCAAUCGCUUAGGUAUCUUAGCCUAAAGCAAUGUCCAAAUAUAAAGAGUUGGUGGAGGGAAAGGCCGAUUGAUGAUCAUAACCAAGAAGGAACAUCAACUAUGGCAUUUCCUUGCAUUUCCAGUUUACAUAUUGAAGAUUGCCCUUUGACUUCAAUGCCGUUGUAUCCAUCACUCGAUGAGGUCCUAACCUUGAUCAACACCAGUUCAAGGCCUUUGAAGCAGACCAUUCAGAUGUCUCUUCCUCUCUCCAAAUUGAAAUCUUUCGCUUUGGAGAAUAUUGAGGAAAUGGACACAAACAUGCUAGAUGAGUGCCUGCAAAAUAUGACUUCUCUCAAACAAUGGCGUAGUGUUUCUUGGCUUUGGCUAAAGUCUUUAUCUGGGUGUCUGCAACAGUUGACCGGUCUCAAAAGGUUAACAAUACAUGACUGCAAGGAGCUUGAUUUAGAAGGCAUGCAAUGGGAACUCCUUAAGAAUCUGUCUCAUUUGGAGAUCAAUUAUUUCCCUCAGAUGGUUGACUCUUCCCCUUCCCCCUUCAACAUCUUGUUCAGUUGA